AUGGAAACUCUAGCUGUAGAGGAUAGAUCCAGAUAUGUCAAGUUUGAAAAGUCUGUAAGACAAGAAUUAAAUUCAAUGAAUGAUGAAAUAUGGAGGAAUCUAUACUAUCAUACACAUUCCCAAGAACUGAAUAAACCUAGCACUAAUUGUGUUGGCGAUACAGAGAUUUCAGCAUCUUCACAAACUAUUGGAUUCUUCUUGGAAAACGAGCAAGACGUUAACCUUGUGAAGAUAUAUAAGCCGCAGAUCUUGCUAGAUGUGGAUACUCUAAACUUGUUUGAUAUCACAAAGUCUGAUAGAAAAAUAUCUGAGUUCCUCUCUCAGCUCUCACAACUGAACCGAGGAGGAGUCUUCUUAGCUUCUUCACUUGGACUAUCAGGAACAUUUUCCUAUUAUUUUAGCAAAAUAAUAAGGAUAGGCUCUAGAGUGCAAAGGUGUGCAGGAUUUUAUGAAUUUUACAUCACCUCAAGACAAUUUAAAAGGUUGAUGAGUGCCUAUAAGCAUCUCUGAUACUUGUCCUUCGAUAGGUGCAAGCUAGAAAUUCCCAAAAUUCCUGAUUUCUCGAAGUCUAUGAUGAAUGCUAAACUUCAAAAUCUACUUGUGUUUGGAUGUGGAGAAUCUGAAGCGAGCGGAUGGGAGAAUGAUCCCAGUGAGUUUGAUAAUCUGAUUGAAGGAUUAGCAACUUCACCUGAUUUGAGACUUUGCUUAGUGGAAAUAUUUGUAGAGGACACCAUCAAGGAUAAAAGUAAUGUUGAAGAAAUUAUUCAAAGGAGCAAAUUUGCUAAACUUAAUAUCUAA